AUGGCCGAACACAAAUAUCUCGACGUGGCAAAGCGCUUCUUCGACGCCUACAACGUAUCAGACAGCUCAACCAUAGCUGAAAUAGUGGAUCCUGAUUUACUCUGGGCGCACAGCAACCGCUUCAAAGGCCAAGGGCGCGACGCCCUUCUCAAGUCAAUUGAAGAAUACUCCGCAAAUGUUCCUGGAAGGGCUUUCUAUGCACCCGCGAGAUGGGCAGUAAAUGGGAAUGUUUUGUUUCUUGAGCACAAAUGGGAGGGAUUUCCCGCAAUUGAUGUGCCGACAUUCGGCUGGAUAGCAGGAACUCAAGCUUCCUUGGACUGCUUGAGCGUAUUGGUGUUUGAUGGGAAAGAUGUGAUCAUCGAAUGGACUGAUUAUGCUUAG